UUUCUUCUGUAUUAAAACCACCAAGGCGAAACACAGGAGAGAGGAAAAAUGCCGUUUUACAAGAGCAAGAAGACGCCGCCAUUAAAAUUUAAAUCGGCGACUUUCGAACAACGUUAGCAUGGCUUGUAAUUAUAGACGGCUGUGAUUAAACUCCCCUAAGUAGUUUAUUGAGACACAGACGGUUCAUUACACCUUACGUUGGUAAAGUUCCGUAAGUUUAUUUGAUAUAUAGCUAUAUUUUUUAUAUAUAUAUGGUUUAUUUACAUCUUUUCGAUUGCGUUACGUUCUGUGAUGGCUGCAGUUGUAAAAGUUGAAGUAAAAGAAGAAGAACUAAAUGCAUUCAUCGAUCAAAAGAUUUUUCUUACCAAUGAUGUUUUGACAAUUAGUAUAAAACAGGAACAUAAGGACAUUGGAUUUAGUACAGAUUACUCUAAUAUUACUGGUAGCUGGGAAGAGCAAAGUAAUGCGUUUCAAAAACCCGAUUAUGUAGGCGACGUAUCGCAAAAGCAUAAGAAUAUUCGGCAUGUAGAAGGACCAAACGCUUCAACAAUUUUGAAAUGUGCUUACUGCCAUUACACAACGUAUCUAAAAUCCUAUUUAAAAAUACAUCUGUUAAGACACAAUUUAAAGUGUGCCCAAUGCGAUUACGCUACCAAUAACAAAUACUAUUUAAGACGUCAUCUGUUAACACAUAAAACUUCCAAGGAUUUGAAAUGUUUUCAUUGUAGUUACAGUACCAAUAUGAAAUACUAUUUAAAAAGUCAUCUUUUAAAACACAAGACUUCCAAGAAUUUCAAAUGUGCCCAAUGCAGUUACGCUACCAAUAACAGAGACUAUUUAAAAAAUCAUCUUUUAACACACCUGACUUCUAAAAAUUUAAAAUGUGCCCAAUGUUAUUACGCUACCAAUAACAAAUCUUAUCUAAGAAAACAUAUGUUAAAACACCAAGUAACUUCCAAAAAUUUAAAAUGUGCCCAAUGUUUUUACACUACUAAUAACAAACACCAUUUUAAAGCACAUCUGUUAAGAUGCACAACUUCCAGAACACAGGCCACUGUCAAGAAUUUAAAAUGUGCCCAAUGUGAUUAUGCUACCAAUAACAAAUACCAUCUAAAAAAUCAUAUUUUAACACACAAGACUUCCAAGGCUUUCAAAUGUUCACAGUGUAGUUACGCUACCAACAUCAAAUACUAUUUAAAAAGUCAUCUAUUAAUACAUAAACCUUCCAACAAUUUCAAAUGUUUUCAUUGUAGCUACACUACCAAUAUCAAAGACUAUUUAAGAAAUCAUCUUUUAACACACAUGGCUUCUAAGGAUUACAAAUGUUCCCAGUGUAGUUACACAACCAAAAACGACCGCAAUUUAAAAGUUCAUCUGUUAAAACAUAAGAUUUCCACGAAUUUCAAAUGUUUUCAGUGUAGUUACACUACCCAUAUCAAAAGGUAUUUAAAAAAACAUCUGUUAAGGCACACAUCUUCCAACAAGAAUCUAAAAUGUGCACAAUGUAGUUACGCUACUAAUAACAAAUACUACUUAAAAAAUCAUCUUUUAAUGCAUGCGACCUCCAAGAAUUUGCAUUGUGCCGUAUGUGAUUAUGCUACCCAUAACAAACACUAUUUAAAAAAUCAUGUGGUAAUACAUGCAACUUCCAAGAACUUAAAAUGUACCGAAUGUGAUUAUGCUACCAAUAUCAAAUACCAUCUAAAAAGGCAUCUUUUAACACACAAGACCUCCAAGAAUUUAAAAUGUCCGCAUUGUGAAUUUUCAACACGUUAUAGAUCCACUUUAAUAACACAUCUGUUAAUCCACAACACUUCUAUGGAUCUCAAAUGUUCGCUAUGCGAGUACGCAACCAAUAACAAAUGUAGUUUCAAAAGACAUUUGUAUUCACACUUUUAACAAUUUUCCACUACUGGUGGAAUGAUUGGGACUGUAUUUAAUUAUGUACCUACAUUUUCAACGGUGGUUAUAUUUGCAUAUUUAAUAAUUUGUUAUUUUAUAAGAACAAUAAAGAAAUUGCAACUUUUUUUUAUCUUGAUAUUUUUGCAAAAAAGUGCUGACAAGUUACUCUUAGUGUGCCCAUUGCCAUUUCGCAAUUAUCUAUAACUACUAUUUAAAAACA